AUGUAUUCUUCCUUUCGUUCUCUGUUUAUUUCCUUCCUCGUAGCCGUCGCCUCGGCCCAAUACCCGCCGGCUUCCAAUUUGACUACCAUCAAGUCGCCCGUUGAUGGCAACAUAACCAUCUCCUACAAACAGCCGCCCGUAGGAACGUGCAAAACAGCCUUCGAAACACAGCAGCAAUAUACGGGGUGGGUUAAUAUACCCGGCAACUACUCGACAAACACAUUCUUUUGGUUCUUUGGAGCGCGCCAACCCACCGACUCGCUCACAAUAUGGCUCAAUGGAGGACCAGGCUCCAGCUCCAUGCUAGGCCUUUUCACUGAGAAUGGCCCAUGCGAAGUGGUUGAGCUUGCACAGGGGAAAUUUGGGACAAUAGCUCGGGAAUAUGGAUGGGAUCGAGGGUCCAAUAUUCUCUACAUCGAUCAGCCUAAUCAAGUCGGCUUCUCCUACGAUACGCCUACCAAUGGCUCCCUCGAUCUUCUAACGUCGGACUUAUAUACCCCACCUCAAGUUCUCCCGAACUCGCAGCCUACGGAUACGUUCAUGAAUGGAACCUUCAACACACUGAACCUGAACAACACCGCGAAUACUACCGAGAUAGCUGCCAUGGCGAUUUGGCAUAUGCUUCAAGGGUUUCUUGGCGCAUUUCCUCAAUAUAUGCCAAAUAGUACAUCUGUUGGUGUUCAUUUGUUCGCAGAAAGUUAUGGCGGCAAGUACGGACCUGCUUUCGCAACUCUCUGGGAACAACAGAACAAUAGACGUUCGAAUGGGACCAUAUCUAGGAACGGGACUCUCAACAUCAACCUCGCCUCUCUAGGGCUAAUCAAUGGCUGUGUGGAUGACCUUGUUCAAGCCCCGUACUACCCCACGAUGGCUAUUAAUAAUACGUUUGGUUUGACAUCCAUCAAUCCAACCAGAGCCAAGCUAGCAAGUGCAAGUUUCACUUCAAAUGGGGGUUGUCGGGAUCUUAUAAAUCAAUGUCGAGCUGCCGUGGGUGUCCAAGAUCCGAAUAAUGAAGGCGAUGUAGGUGUUGUCAACAGCUUAUGCUCGAAUGCGUAUACUUUUUGUAACACCAAUAUCGUGGAGCCCUACACGGAUGCUGGAAGAAGCAUCUACGACAUAGCUCACCUUCUUCCGGACUCUUUUCCUCCCAGUACUUACCUGGAAUACUUAAACAACGCGGAUUUCCUCGCUGCUAUAGGCUCACCAGUCAACUAUACCGAAACGAAUACGCAAGUCGUCAAGGCCUUUACUUCUACCGGAGACUAUGAAAGGCAAGGCUAUGUUCCUGAUAUUGCAGCCCUUCUCAACGCUGGGAUCCGCGUGGGCUUCAUGUAUGGAGAUCGAGACUAUAUUUGCAAUUGGCUCGGUGGAGAAGCCAUCUCCCUCGCCGUCGCCGCACAAGCAGGUGGUCUCUACCCAACACUCUUCCCCUCCGCAGGUUACGCUCCCAUAAUCACCAACACCUCCUAUAUCGGCGGCGUAGUGCGCCAAUAUGGCAAUCUCUCUUUCAGCCGCAUAUAUGACGCUGGCCACAGCGUCCCCGCCUACCAACCAGAAACAGCCUUUGAAGUCUUCGCACGCAUCAUGUCCGGGACCUCCGUCUCAACAGGCGAGAUCAUCGAUCCCUCCGUAUACAACACCACCGGCCCCUCAAACGCAACACACACCGCGUCCCUCCCCCUUUCACCUACAAAUACUUGCUGGCUACGCAAUAUUUUGGAGACAUGUAACGACGACCAGAAGAAUAAGAUAAUUGCCAACGAAGGCGCGAUCAUCAACGGCGUGCUCUACGACGCGGCAUCAGACUGGAGUUCGCCUGGCUCUUCUGCUACAGUAGAUGUAGUUCCUAAUCCUUCCGGCACUGGCUCCGUGUCCGUCACGACCACGACAGAAGUCCUCACUGGCCUCUUCACCGCAACCAGCACACCGAGUCCGACGAAGAAGAAAUCGCUCGCUACUCACCUAUCGGCACUCAAUGGAUUAUUACUCUUAAUGCUAAUCCCAUUCCUGCUUUGA